GUCAUGAUCCAUUCAUUGCCUAGUCUUGUGGUCUGUGUGUGUUGUGGUCUCGUAACUAAGAUACACCGCGAGGAUUGAAGUUAGCCAGCGACAAGUCAACCAGUAUACACACACACAUAUAUGCACAGCCCAUCCAUCCAUCCAUCCACACACCAACCACGUAUAGUUCGGGAAUCGUCGUCGCUUCCCCAUCCAUUCCCCAGCUCAUCCCGAUUCAUCAUUAAUUCAUCGGUCAGUCAGGUACCGACAUGCGCUUGACGGGGCUGCUCUCAGGGCUGCUCAUCCGCCGCUCCUCACCAGCAGUCGCCUGGACCACCCCUUUCUCAGGGGACCAGCUCUCCCGCCCUGCGUCACCCUCACCACUAAAUGAGUCCCCAUCGGCAUGGGCUGAAGACGGCCGUGGAGAGGCCCCGGCGUGCGGUUGCUCGCUGGGGUCCAUGGACGGCUGCCUGGCGCGUUUCCUGGAGAGGGGCGAGUGCGCCUCCAUGCUCACGGGUGAGUUCUCAUCCAAGUCAUCCUCUGCACAGGUCGGUGGAAAGCGGCGGCUGUAGUCGAAGUCGCUCGCCUGGAAGGCCUGGCCGUCGCCCACUCUCGCCCACCUGCACGCACAACAAACAGACAGACAGAUGGUCGGAAGCAGGUCCAUUGCACGAGUGCCAUCCACCCACCCACCCACCGACCCACCUCUGCCAAAUCUCAUCCAUGAGUGGCGCCACGCCAAAUGCGUCCCGCAUAAAGUCGUGGUCGAAGCGGAGCGUGGCGUCGAUCGUGUCGAGGGCCGUGUCCACAGACAGGUCGUCAAAUACAUCCAUGGCCUGCCACAGGCACCUGAAGGCGACAGUGGUCGGCACAUCCUCAGAGGCGAACAGGCCGAACAGGUUUGCGCGCGAGUCGGCGGAGAAAUAGAGCACUCCGCCGUCGAAGGGCAUCUUGUGCCGCGUGCGGGCAUCCACCUUGUCACCCGCUAGCCGCAACACAUCUGAUGGAACCAUGGCAGUGCAGAACAUCGGCUGUGUCAGUCAUGUGCUGCCUGCGUGUUGAGUGGGUGUGCGCACCAGAGAAAACUUCCUGAUAGUAGCCUUCAAGCGCAUCAGGGCUGUACAUUGGGAAGCUUCGCGAAUAGAAGGAGGUUGAUGGACGGUCUGUGUGCCGUGCUGCAGUGAAAUACUUGAUGCCCUUGCGGCGCCUCGACAGAUCAACAGCAGCUUCAUGCUCUUCCUCCGGACUGAUCUCUCUGCCGCACAAACGCAGCGCCACAACGUGCAGGCUGUCUGUUGCGUUAUAUGUGUGCAGCAUCUUUUCGUAUGUGCGUACUCAGUGCUGCCGGGCUGAAACGCGCUGCCGAGCCAGUCUUCAACGCUGUCGAAAGCCGAGGAUCUCAAAUACGCCAUCUGCGCCUCGCCUUUCCGACGCGGCUAAAC